AUAAGAAAUCUUCAAAUGUACGUGAAAAGUUGGAUUUAUACGAUACUUAUAACCAGUUUGGAGCAUUGUAAAAUUAGCAUUCCAAAUCGUAACCUACGACAACACGCUGUGUUCUGUAGAAAGUCUACGUAUGAGAGUGUAAAAGCAUACACCAUAACAACAACAACGAAACUUCAGUUUACUCUCCACCAUCUUUACCACAAAUUCAACCACAAUAAAAUAAACAACAAUAUGGGUAAUCCGAUCUGGUUCAUUUUUUGGUUUUUAGUUUUCUGGUUCAUUUCUUUCAUUGUGGCUGGUUUUUCUGCAUUCUGCUAUAUAAUACUGUAUGCGCUAGAAGUCAUCUUUAGUGGUUUAUCGGGUAUCAACGGCAUACUGUUGCAAGGCAUACAAUUUCCUCACUACUGCGCUCAAGCUAUGUUGGACUGCAAGUCUCCUUGCUAGAUGUUACUCUUAGAUAAUAAGAAAUUUUCAUUCUGAUCAUAUUUUUUUUGCAUUGCUUGUGUGUUUACAAAGCUUUAUAACCACAGCUUCACUUAAUACUUGGUUACGUGCAGUUACAUAUUUAGAGGCCAUUCAAUUAUUUAGAUCAAACAUUUUUCUACUCAGAACAAAUUGGUUUAAGACGUUUUUUGCUAAAAUAAAUAUAUUUAUGUAAAUAUUA